UGUUCCUGCCGCCUUCUCUCAGCUCUGAGCGCUAAGUUUUUGUGAUGGAGUGGCGUGAGCAGUCCACGGUCAGCUUCGAAGAAGCCUACUUGGAGGCGCAGAGAUGGAUAGAGGCAGUAACCAAGAAAAAAUUUGGGAGCAGUGACUUCCGAUCAGCACUUGAGAACGGCGUGCUGUUGUGUGAUCUGAUCAACAGCAUCAAACCAGGGACCAUCAGGAGGGUGAACAGGCUGCCCACACCUAUCGCUGGACUGGAUAACCUGAACGUCUUCCUCAGAGCCUGCGGCAAACUUGGACUAAAAGAAGCACAACUCUUUCAUCCCGGUGAUCUGCAGGACCUAUCUACAAGAGUUACUGUCAAAGCCGAGGAGACCAGCCGCAGACUGAAAAAUGUGCUGAUCACCCUUUACUGGCUGGGAAGAAGGGCUCAGUGUGACCCUGUGUAUAAUGGACCUUACUUAAACUUGAAGGCAUUUGAGGGAUUGCUGGGCACAGCAUUGUACAAGGCUCUGCACGAGUCGCCAUCCACUCCCCAAAAAGACAACAGCAUAUUGCGAGACAGUGGUUUUGGAGACAGCUGGUACUCAGAACAAGAAGACCUACAUCAUUUUCGAAGUGGAGGAGGGGGGCACAGGAGAGACGACUCCCUGGACAGUUUAGACUCUCUGGGAUCUCGACCGCACAGUAUCUCAUCGGAUAUCAAAGGCAGCAGUGAGGGGUUUUGCAGUGACACUGAGCCAGAGCCAGCCUUCAGGAUGGCUGACAAGGAUAACUUGACUUACCGGCGUUCAGCUGUGAUCGCGCCUAAGACCACCACACAGUUUAACCAGUUUCUGCCCUCCAAGGACAAGAGUACAGGCUAUGUGCCAGCUCCACUGAGGAAAAAACGAGCAGAGCGCAAUGACGAUAGUCGCCGCAGCCUGACAAGCCCCUACUCAGAAGAGGAAGUACCUAUCAUCAGAGAGGUCGAAGGACAGGACAGUCUCGAAGGGAGCAAAUCAACAAGUGAUAUUGUCAUGGACCAGAAUGCUGCAAGACAGAUGCGCUAUGAGGAGCUACAGAAAUAUCGAGAGCACAUCAAGGAGAGUGAUGAUAAGUGGCAAGAUGAUCUAAGUAAAUGGAAGUCUCGGCGCAAAAGUGUCAACUCUGAUAUAGUGAGGAAAAAAGAGGAGCGUGAGAAGAUAGAGGAGCUGACACUCGGCAGCAACAGGAAGUCAAAGACCUUCAAGGAGAUGCAAGAGGACAGAGAGGUCAAACGUCGGAGCCUUGGCAGUCGACUGGGAUCAUUAUCGUACAUGGAUGACGAGGACGUGUUUGAAAAAUCAGCUUCAACGUCACGUGCCAUUUACAGCAGGAGCAACACUAUUGACACACCACGCUACGCUUCUUCUUCAUACUCCAAGCCUGUUGUGAUGGACGAAGAGCCAUCACCAGCUUCCACAGCUACUGGUCGAGCAUCUUCUCCUACACCCUCCAAAGAAACAGUGAACAGUGACACCAUAACCUCUACUAUCACAUCUACAAGCUACAGCUCAUACCAGCGCUCUCCAUCUCCACCAGCUACACAGCAAAGCAGACUCCAAACUAGCUCAGUGGAAACAGUGAAGACUACAACAACCACCUCCUUUCUGAACUCUGAGCCGAAGGUGCAGGCGCCAAAGAGCCCAUUGUUACGAUCCCAAACUGAGGUUCCCUCUGUUGAAUCGAAGUUCAUACAGCCACAGCAGCAGAUCCCAAUGGAACCCAAGCCCCCAGUGGUGUCUCGUGUUUCUGCCUCCCUGCCCAGGAACUACCAGAAAUCGGAUAGCGCGCGGCUAACGUCAGUUGUCACACCGAAGCCAUUCGGAACCCAAUCGACCCGUCUCUUUUCACUGCCCCGAGCCAAUACAACGGAUGACUCUAUUAAAUCUGUGAAUGGAGACACUUCUAAGAAAUCCUCAGUGCCAAGCCGCUAUCACCAGUUCAUGACCUCUGAAGACGAGGCCCAGUCAAGUUCUGCCCACAGCAGCGAGGAAGACAACGACCAGGAGGACAGCGCAGAGAAAAGCACAUCACCUGCUCCUGCGGAACCCAAGAGUGAAACUGCAGUUAGCCCUGCUCCAUUUAAAGACAACAGCCAGGAGGACUUCUGUGAGAUGAGGAUAAGUCUGAACCAAAAGCCCAACAGCAGCAGAGACUUUGGCUUCCAGGCGGCUUGGGACUCAACAGGUGCCCGAGUCACAUCCAUUAUUCCAGGAAGCCCAGCAGAAAUGUGCCAGCUUCAGACUGGAGACGAGGUGCUGACCGUCAAUGGACACCAGGUGGCAGACAUGAGCUACAUGUCCUGGAAGACCCACAUAGAGAAGGCUUUGCAGGAGGGCAGUCUGGUCAUAGAUAUAAGGCGUCAUGGCAAGAACAACUGGAACAGAGACCAAACUUCCCUGCCAUAUAAAAGCCAUAAGACCAUCAAUCUGACCACUACGGAUCAUCCACUACUUCUAGGUGCUCCUGAUACUAAGACAGUCAACUCCAGUUUGGAUUUUACUUCACGUAUCCCCAACAAAUCAGAGUCACCCAAAGACACCUUCACACACCCAGUUGUUGAUGUGGCCUCCAAUGGACUUAAUGGCAGUCUCCGGAACGAGCCUGUGACCAUGAGGAACAAAGAGUCAGAACCAAUAUCUUUGAAAAACUUAAAACGAAGAUCUGAGUUUUUUGAACAAGGAGGAACAGAGCCUGUAAUGCCAGAUAUACCUGUUCCUCCAAUCACUCCAUCCUCUAGCCGUUGGUCCUGGGACCCUGAAGAGGAGAGAAAAAGGCAAGAGAAAUGGCAGAAGGAGCAAGAGCGCCUCCUACAGGAAAAAUAUAAACGUGAUCAAGAAAAACUGCAGGAAGAGUGGCUCAAAGCUCAACAGGAGAUAAGCAGCACUCAAAGCCAGCAGCCUGCGGGUCUGGAGGUGAACAGCCAGAGCAAGGGUCCUCACUCCCCCCUUUCACUCGUCAGCCAGCCCCUCAGCUCUCUGUGGGAGGAGCAGGAGAGGAAGAGGAAGGAGGAGCUGGAGCAGCAGAAACAGGCCGAAGAACGAGAGCUCCAGCGCCUGAGAGAGGAGAGGCUGAGGAGGGAACAACAAGAAGAGGAGGAGAGGAAAAGGAGGGAGGAGGAGGAGAAAGAGAGGAAGAGGAGAAGAGAGGAGGAAGAGAGGGAGAGGAGGCGGAGAGAGGAUGAGGAGAGGAGGAGGGAAGAUGAAGAGAAGGAGAGGAGGAGGAGAGCAGAGGAACUCGCAGAACAACAACGCAGAGAAAGAGAGAGAGCCAUGGAGAUACAGCAGCAGCAACAGCAGUGGGCUGGUGGCUUCAAUGCCCAGCCAACAAUGACCUUUGCAGACAGCAGGACAAGAUCCAAAUCAUCUCCUCAACUUGAUGAAGAACAAAGAACUCAACAGAGAGUGAUGGGGAGUACACUGACUCAGAGGGGUCAACAGUCAGCAUCGCAGGCCGAGCUGGAGCGACAGCAGAUCCUUAAAGAGAUGAAGAAGAAGACCCCUCUGCUGACAGACGGCAGCUGGAUCAGGCAACGCUCCUCCACCACCAGCACCACCAGCAUGGAGAGAGAGGUGCCCCCUAUGCGCAGAGGUGAAUCUCUUGACAACCUGGAUUCCAACAACUAUAACUCCUGGCGUUCUUCAUGGACACCUAGGACCAACUCUCAAAUCCAAAACUACUCACGGCCUCAGUCUGCCAUGGCGGGUAGCACUUCCUCUUACGGUGGUUGGUCAGGAGGUCUUCCUCGCUCCUCCACUCUACCCUCUUCAUCCUCUCUGAGUUCUCUGCGAGGUGGGGCAGGAACCCCCUCAGUCCCCUGGUCCCGACAGACACCCUCCCCUUCAUUGUCUGCUCCUUCACCCACCAGAUCUCCAGAGCCACUGUCUGACUCUCAGCAGAGGAACAGGUCAGUGAGUGGCAAGAAAAUCUGUACAUACUGUGACACUCCACUGGGGAAGGGAGCAGCCAUGAUCAUCGAGUCAUUGGGGCUCUGUUAUCAUUUGGGCUGUUUUAAGUGUUUCGAUUGUGGGUCGGACCUUGGUGGAUCACAAGCCGGAGCAGAAGUCAGAAUACGAAAUAAACACUUGUAUUGCAACACCUGCUAUAUGCGAUUCAAAACUGGCCAACCAACCUCCAUGUGAUGUGACUGUACUCCAACAAAUUGAUGAAGAGACUACUUGUGAUAAUAAACCAUAAACCUGAAGCCAUAACUAAUAGUUCAGACGUAACAGUAAUUUUGGACUUAUAAGUUUACAUUAUCCAUAUUCAUAUUUUUAUCUAAAGGGUAAGCUUGCUAAGUUGUUAUCUGCUUUUCUGCUUCAUAAGUAUUAAGAUGUAUAAAAUAGUUGUGCAUGUAUCAAAGAUUUUAGCAGGCUAACCUUUCCAGCAAUAAACUUUUACUAUAAUAUCAAAUCUUACAGAUAUUUUAAAAUUAAUUAGUUUACAAAAAGGUGAGAUUAUCUUGUCUGUUAUCCAUCUCCAUUCCAUUAUGGUAUUAAUAUUUUUGUUAACCAAGAUGUUGUAAAGUUGAUGUGCCUUUUGUUUAAACUGGGAAAACGUAAAGCAAUUCUUGAAAAAUAUAUUUAAAAAUGUCCUUUGUCUGUCUGCACUUGCUUUUCACUGAUUAAGAAAAGAUUGUACCUGGUUUUUCAUGUAAAGAAAAUAUCGUACUGAUACAAGGCGAAAUUAUUCAUUUGUAAAUAAAACAGCUAAAUGUUCAA